AUGUCGCAAAGUCAUGCUCUUUCAGAUGAUCAGGUCGCGGGCGAGCUCCGCAAGAUGACCGCGUUCAUCCGCCAGGAAGCUCUGGAGAAGGCCCGGGAGAUCCAGUUGAAGGCCGAUGAGGAAUUCGCGAUCGAAAAGUCCAAGCUGGUGCGCCAGGAGACCGCCGCCAUUGAUACGCUCUACGAGAAGAAGUUCAAGCAGGCUGCCAUGUCGCAGCAAAUCACCAAGUCAACUCUCGCCAACCGCACCCGUCUUCGUGUGCUUGGUGGCCGUCAGGAGCUUCUUGAUGAGCUUUUUGAAAAGUCCCGCACCAAGGUGGCUACUGUUGCUGCCAGCGACAAGAAGAAAUACCAGGCUAUGCUGCAGGGAUUGGUCCUCGAGGGCUUGUACUAUCUCAAUGAGGAUAAGGUCUCUAUCCGUACACGAAAGAAGGACUUUGAUGAUGCAAAGAAGGCCAUUGAGGAGGCUGCCAAGGAGUUCAAGGAGAAUGUCGGCUACGAAGUCACUGUGACCUUGGACGAGUCGGAGCCAUUGCCCGAGGGAUCUGCCGGUGGUGUCUACAUUGUCGGUGGACAGGGCAAGAUCGAGAUCAACAACACCUUCGAGGAGCGUCUGCGUUUGUUGGAGAUUGAUGCUCUCCCCGUUGUUCGAGAGACACUGUUUGGAAAGAACGCGAACCGGAGAUUCUAUGAUUAG